AGGGAUCAUGUUCUACAGCUUUAUAAAGGUCAAAGAAGGUUUGCCCAAGGAGUGUUUCCUUCUCCCCCUAAACUCGUGGUGAGUCCCUCAAUUAGCUUAAGAUGGCGCAGGUAGACUGAAGACUUUUUAAGCCACAGGCUACAAUAUGUACCAACACUUUUAAUAGUUCUUGUAAAUGUAUUUUGCUUGUCGCGGUCUUUUUCGUAAUGUUGGGGAUAAAAAUUGUUUAUUUCACAAGAGCCGAUGGUCUGUGAGCGAUCGUAAGUGACUGUCACGUUUGUCUUCUUAAUCUUUCAUUUACAAAAGUGAGACUAUUUUCUGAUGGUCAAUAGACGUGAUCGUUAAAUUGAGAGGGUGCCAAUGCAUAAUAUACUUUCAAGUCAUAAAACAACGUUUUUCACUUCUGACUUGAUGCAGGAACUUCGCGUUGUAUUCUCAUCCAGGGUUCUCAUGCACAGUCGUGAAAAGUCCUCGAUUUCCUUUUUGCCUUGAAAUGUCCCUAAAUUUCUGUGGAAGUCCUUGAAAAUUCCUUUAAUUUUGUUCAACUCUGAAUGUAGUGGCCCGAAAAGUGUUUUCUAACGCUUUUUGGUUGUCCCAGAUAGAACACAAAUUGUAGCUCAGAGAAGUUAAAGAUGAUUUACAUAAGGCGUUCUUUUGUUUUAUGCAUUAAUUAACUGUCAAUUUAAGAGAAGAAAGUGCGCUGAAAAUCAGUUCUGUAAAAUUGCAUUCCUGGUAGGUGGUCCUUGCAUUGAAAAUUAAAUCUUGUCCUUGAAAAGACCUUAAAAAGUCGUUAUAAAAUGGUAAACCCUGUGCCAUCCAUGAAACCGAUUAACACAUUUUCUAUUACACAAAUAGAUUAGUUUGUCGGACCGUCGUUUUCGGAUAUAACAUGUUUUUCACAAAUGAACCUACAAUUGUAGUUGUAUGGCCUGACUCUCCACGAGUCUUCCAAAGCGCAUGUCUAAAAAACACACCAAUAAAACCAAUCAGUAUUCAUAAACUUUGUGUGACUGACUUCCUUUAGGGGUGCUCAUAAUUGCUUUCGUUUGUUUAUUGUUUUGUUUUGUUCUGUUGUUGUUGUUUUUUUUUAAUUUCAGUUAGGGAGUCUUCGGUUCUCGGGAUAUCAAGUUGCCUAUAUAAUUUAUGGUAGGAGUUAUGUAACUUUUAGUAAGCUUAGUAGCAUCUAGUAUGGAAUAAAUCUGCUCUAAUCCAUUGACCCGUUCAUUUUUUCACUUCCAUAAUUGUUUAAGUUCAAAGUGAAAGAAAAAAACUGAUCGCAUAUGGUGAAACUGCUGAUCAGAAGGUUUCAUUCCAUAGAGUAGACGGUGCACUUAAUAUGGCCCAUAUUUUUUAGAACUAUGCUUGGAGAGAAAAUUGCGUCUCGACACGUAUUUCAUUAAAAUGCGAGUCGCUGACACUCUUUUUUGUUAUAAGCACUUAACGAUAAGAUAAGAGUGUGUUAAGCAGGCUUUAUGUUCUUAGUAUGGUGACGUACGGUACGUCAAGCAAAGGUCAUUUUAAAAUUACUCCCAAAUGAUUGACCAUUAAAUUUUUGUCUUACAACUCUAAAUACCAAAACAAAAUAUUAAUAAAACUAGUGGUUCCCUUUGGAAGGUGAAGUGCUGGAGGCAGAGGGUUUAGUUAUCAUAUUCUCAAUUCUUGGAGAAAAUAUUGGGAGAUUUUUGGUACUAAUGUCUAAAUUGUAUUCUAGUACAGGGGAAGGAUAGGAAUAUGUCAAUUACUGGCACAUCGGCCAUCAAGCACAUUCGCUCAGUUCAGUUUGUUUGUCACAGAUCAGAGAAAAUCAGCUCAACUCGGGAUUUUGGUCUGUAGGUCACAUUAUGUAUCUCCUUUCGCAUGAUUUGCAGUCAACAGUGAUUUUAAAUCAAUGAUGCUUUGAAAGAAAAAAAACCGAACAACCCCUUAAGUACCACGGUAGCAAAGCAGUGCAAAUUAUACUCGCACAACAUUCACGAAUACGACUUGUCAACUCGCCUUUAUAAGCUGUGCAUUUCGCAAAAGGAAGCUGAACAGAGGGCACGUGUUGAGCCAUCGUUGCAAUGGUCAGCUGUGUUGCUGAUCCACACGAAAGCGAGGCAAAGUGUGCCACUAACAAACGUCGAGAAUCAAACUGGUAUCUGAAUGAAAUAGAUAACAGAAAACAAGCUAGUCCGUCGUUAGCCAGCGAAAAGGAAUUACACCAGCUUAUUUAAAGACAUUUUCUAUGGGUUCGGGAUGGUGGUGAAGAAUAGCCAGUCAAAGAAUUCAAAGGCUUAUUUUUUACUUGAACCUUAAACACGUAGUCACUUUAUGUGAACUCAAACCACAUUUAUACAGUCAACUUACUACAUUUUGAUUUUGAUUUAAGUUGCAAUGAGUGAUUAUGCUGUUUGGCUGUAUCAUACUACAGACAUUUAUAAGUUUCACCGGUUCUUUUUCUUGUUCCUGCACAAGGCUCUUCUUAAACAAUGGCUGCGUAGAUGACUAGGAGUGUGUCCACUUAACCCUUUAAACCCUAAAAUUAAAAUAAAUUCAAAUUCUCAUUUGUUCUCCCUAUACAGUUGUUUGAACAAAAAAAGUUACAAUAUAAAUUAACUUGUAUAAUCAAGUCCUUGAUUCUCGGUACUACUGUUUUAUCAAGCAAAGAUUAUUACAAGAAGAAAUUUAGUGCUACCACUCUUAGAGCUAAGGGUUAGAAGGGUUUGAACAGCUUGUACUGUAGCAAGAUAAAAACAGUCAGUCCGCCUUGCAAAUUGGCUUAAAAUCACAUUCACUAUAUACUGAGCUACUUUGUAUAGAUGUUUAUAUUUUCAGGUUAGAUUAGAAAGUGCCCACAUCGCCUUUAACUUGCCUUUUUCCACCACUAUCCCGGGCCCCAUAAAAGUUUUUUUUAUGAGCGUUGCGUGACGGGAGACUGUGACGAAGACUUAACAUCCACAGGACUGAUCGCUAGUAUCAACUUAAGAAAAGGUUAUGAGGGUUAUCCCGUUGAAUAGAGUUUCGUUUUCCAUAAAAAUUUAGGCAAAAUGUUAUGUUUAUGACUUACAGUCGCGAGUGUUCGUUAAAUGUGAGGUCUUCUGUGACAGGUUUCACUGUCUGUGUGAUUUCUUUCUUUCUUUUUUUUUUUCAGGAUAUCUCUCGGUGGGAAUUGUUCUAUGGCUUGUUCUAUUUGUCCCUGUACUUUUUUUUAAGCAUAUAAAACCUGUCCUUCCCAAAAACGCAUGGGAAUGGUGUUUAGUAAGAGCGGAAUCAGUGAUGUAAGUAAAAUUUGUGGCUUGUUUAAGUUUGUUUGCUUCAGCUGCUGCUGCCGCGCCGCACAUUUUUAAGUUUAAACACUACGAAAGAAGCUUUUGUUCCUAGGCGUCUUAAGUGUGAAAAACGGAAACGCGACUGCACGAGCUAUCAAGGAGUAUCGCGCAUUGAACCAUGGGAACGUUUAGGGUAGACGCAAAGGACACUGGGAAGAUACCAAGCGCGGAAUUAAAAGCCAAGUCGCUCUCGAAUCCGCUAGAACACGCCUGGGUACAAUGCAGUUCUAGGUUUAUACCUCACCGUGCGUGCCGUGCACUACAAGCGAUCAGUACUUAUGUUAUCCCAAUUUUCUCCCUCAGAUGUAAGGCGAUGCUGCUCCCUACUUUUUUCCCUGCAUUUUAAAUUUUUAGCCAUUAUACGUUGUCAAACCUCUUCUCCUGAGGAGCAACUUUCUAAAAUCAUUUAGCACCUGAUUAUUGCCAAGUCUGGUCCAAAUUGGUCGCUAUGGUUGUAUUUUUAAAUGCAACCAUAGCGACUUAAAAGUCGCUAUGACAUCAUAGAUGGCAGAAGGUCAAGCAAUUUGGAAGGGAAGAAUCGACUUUUUCUCAGUUUUUUGUUUUUGUUGUUGUUGUCGAAAAACGCUGACACACUGAAGACGAAGUUGAGGGAAACAUCAGGGCUCGAGGGAUAUCUUCAAAAAACGUUGCUUUUAGCUUGAGGCUCCAUUUUUGUUGUUGUUGUUAUUGUGUUCAUUCAGGAAAGUAAAAACUGGCAGUCGAUUUUUCCCGCCUUCUCUCACGCCACCGUUCCACUAUGUUGAACACGUGCUGUUGUAUCUUGAGCUUGGUACAAUUGCUGAAUUGUAUCACAAACGAGAUGCAAUUAGAUUCAGACAAGGCCACCUGACCACGAAUUAACCAAUGACAGUCCCUGUUUAGUCGAAUAAAAUUCUAAAGCUGCCACUAGAAUUAUGUAGUGUAAUACUGAACUUUUGGUGGUUUACUGAUUUCAGAUCCGCGUUUAUCAUGUCCGUUGUCCUUUACCUCUUUCAAUUGUUUCUUGUCCACUAUGUCUUCCGCGACAGAGAUUUUCCCAGGAUUGUCAUCACGGUGGAUAACAGGUAUUUGCCGUCUUCACUACGUCUUCUCCUUUGGUUCUUGAACCUUGUAAAAACAGUUCAACCUACCGUAUGUGACAACGCGGCAAAAGGGUCACAUUUAUUGCUCUUUCUGCCUUCCAUCCUUUUCUUUUAUUGAUUUAUUUUAAUAUUUGUUAUUUAUAUGUUUAUUUGACUGAUUGACUGAUUUAUUUUUUUAUAUUGCAGACGCUUGUUCUCGAUUAUGUCAUACUUCUUGUUCUUUUUCAACAUUCUGGUCGGAUUGUUUUCUGGCUUUCUUCGCAUCACCUUGGGUAUAGUUCUAGGAGUUGUAUUCCUGGCUCGUAUAGAACGGUCGACCUUGAUGCAGGGAUUUCAAAGAUAUGACCGAGGCAUGUCGAAAUCUUUAAAGGGGAAUCUUUACACGGUUUUCCGUAACCAUGAUAAUUUUUAUUCUACUUGCAUUUAAAAUAUGAAACAAGCCAGAUAUAACUUACAACAUGCAAGAUACAGGCUAGCCAGUUCACGGUGAAGGUGGUUAUCACGGUAGAGACCAUAAGAAACAUUAGAUAACAUCGACGUCAUACGUCCCUAUUUUUUUUGCUCUCCCUCUGAUCCCUUCUUUAUCGCCUGAUUUCUCCCUCCUCUCUUAUAUUUUCGACACAUUAUCAUCCCCCUCCCUGGGCUGUUCACAGACCCUCAAUUUUUCCCCUUAAAGAUCGUCGAGUGCGCGUAUUUUCUAUCGACAGAUCGUCGAGCACGCGUAUGGAAAUAAAAACCGCGGGGGAUUUAUUUACCCCAAGGGCGCUCCGUGCUUGCUCUAGCGCGCCCGCACUGUCAGAUUGUCGAAAAAAAACGUCUAUGGCCAGGCUACUUCCUUCCUAAACCGUUUCUCUCCCUUCUCAAAAGAAUGUAACUUGUUAACAACGACAGUUGCAAUCCAAUCAUUCAGCAAUGUCCUUAAAAGACCUUUACCUUUUAAUGUGUUCAUUCACUGGCACAUGCUUGCCAUGAGGUUCCAGUCUCCCUCCAUCUCACAUUCUUGUCCUUCUCUUCUACAGCAUUUGUUGCUUACCUUGGUUUUAUCAACCUGCUUGUUGCUCAGAGCCAUCCCGUGAUGCUUUUGUUUUGUCAGUUACUGAUAAACAGGGACAAAGUUCACCAGCCUAAUUCGGAAUCUCCAGCAGGUGCUCAGUCUGAGAACCGCGAUUGGUCAAAGGAAACUGGGGAUGCCUCUGGUAUGUGCUUUGUUAACCUUGUUAAAUCCAUCAAAUAUUUGAAAAAUCAUUGAAACAGUUGAACCCGACAUAACGAGAUGCGAUUAGCGACUGGGGAUACAAGCACCUGCGUCAUUUCCUGGGCACUUUAAAUCGGGGCCCUAUUCAACAUAUUUUAUUGUAAUUGGGGCGUAAAAUGGUUAGGUUAUAGUUCGAGGGUUUGUAAUAGGGAGUAAGCAAAGACGUUUUUGAGCGACGCACGUCAACCGGAACUGACGCUACAAUUUUAAAAAAACCUCACCUCUUUGGUGUAUAGGCAGCUAAUUCUGUUCUUUUUUCGUUUGCAGUGUAUACUCGUGAGCGGAGACUCCCGCGUAUGUCUCAAAAGGCAUUCAAUCGCUGGCAUGUGACUGUGACACUGCUUCGUAACCCAUGUCUUAUCAAAUAUCGUAGGCGGGUUGGUAUAAGUCGUGCAACUUCCGUUAGCCUCAGGAGUAUCCGCACUGACUUGAGCGACCUGGUGCUUGCUUGA